AUGACUCCAGAACAGAAGAAACUGAUGAACAUCUUCAUCUUGGGCUUUGCCUUUAUGUUCAUGUUCACUGCCUUUCAGACUUGCGGCAAUGUUGCGCAAACCGUUAUCUCCAGUUUAAAUAACACAGAAUUCCAUGGCAGUGGUUACACAAGCAUGGCCAUCAUAUAUGGAGUGUUUUCAGCUUCCAAUCUUAUAGCUCCUUCUGUUGUUGCCUUGAUUGGCUGUCAACUUUCAAUGUUCCUGAGUGGUUUAUUUUAUAGUGCCUAUAUUGCAAUGUUCAUCCAGCCAUACACCUGGUCAUUUUACACGUUGUCUGUUUUAAUUGGGAUUGCUGCUGCUGUGCUCUGGACUGCUCAAGGCACCUGUCUGACUAUGAACUCCGAUGACAAAACCAUUGGCCGGAAUAGUGGUAUCUUCUGGGGCUCUGCUGCAGUUUAGUAUGCUUUUUGGAAACCUCUAUAUCUACUUUGCAUGGAAAGGAGAAGCUAACAUAUCAGAGAGAGAUCGUAGGACUCUGUUUAUUGCCCUCACCGUCAUUAGUUUGGUUGGGACGGUCCUUUUUUUCCUUAUUCGAACCCCAGCCUCUAACACAAUCCAACUGAGCGAGGACGAUGACGGAAGCUCUGACAUUCUUGAAGGCAACGUAUCUUCACAGAGCAAUAUUUCAAAAGCACUGGAUGCCUUUGUAAAAUCUUUGAAGUUGUCCGUCACCAAAGAAAUGCUGCUGCUAAGCGUAUCUAUGGCUUACACAGGUUUUGAACUUACCUUUUAUUCUGGUGUGUUUGGCACUUGCAUUGGAGCAAUCAACUGGUUCGGAGCCGAUGCCAAGAGCUUAAUUGGGCUAUCUGGAAUAUUUGUCGGCAUUGGAGAAGUUUUAGGUGGAGCAGUCUUUGGAUUACUCAGCAAGAAUAGUCGCUUUGGCAGAAAUCCAGUCUUUCUAUUUGGGCUUGUUGUUCAUUUUCUUGCUUUCUACCUGAUCUUCCUCAGUAUUCCUACUGAUGCCCCUAUUGCCUCACGUGAUGGGACUUACAGUCGGGCAUAUGUAGAUCCUAGCAAAGCCCUGGCUAUGUUCUGCAGCUUUCUGUUGGGUUUAGGAGACAGCUGCUUCAACACUCAGCUCUUGAGUAUU